AUGGAGUCAUCUUUCUCAUUUGGAGUGAUCCUUGCUGUACUGGCCUUCCUUAUCAUUGCUACUAAUGCACUAGUGGCUGUGGCUGUGCUGCUGUCAAUCCACAAGAAUGAUGGUGUUGGUCUAUGCUUCACCUUGAAUCUGGCUGUGGCUGACACCUUGAUUGGCGUGGCUAUCUCUGGCCUAGUUGCAGACCAGCUCUCCAGCUCUGCUCAGACCACACAGAAGACCCUGUGCAGCCUACGGAUGGCAUUUGUCACUUCUUCUGCGGCUGCCUCUGUUCUCACAGUCAUGUUGAUUGCUUUUGACAGGUACCUUGCCAUCAAGCAGCCCCUCCGCUACUUUCAGAUCAUGAGUGGGCUUGUGGCUGGGGCCUGCAUUGCCGGGCUAUGGUUAUUGUCUUACCUCAUUGGCUUCCUCCCACUUGGAGUCUCCAUAUUCCAGCAAACCACCUACCAAGGGCCCUGCACCUUCUUUGCUGUGUUUCAUCCAAGGUUUGUGCUGACCCUCUCCUGUGCUGGAUUCUUCCCAGCCAUGCUCCUCUUUGUCUUCUUCUACUGUGACAUGCUCAAGAUUGCCUCCAUGCAUAGCCAGCAGAUCCGAAAGAUGGAACAUGCAGGAUCCUUGGCUGGGGCUUACCGGCCUCCACGGUAUCCAAGUGACUUCAAGGCUGUCCGCACUGUGUCUGUUCUCAUCGGGAGCUUCACUCUAUCCUGGUCCCCAUUUCUUAUCACUAGCAUUGUGCAGGUGGCCUGCCAAGAGUGCCACCUCUACAAAGUGCUGGAACAGUACCUGUGGCUGCUCGGUGUAGGCAACUCCCUGCUCAACCCACUCAUCUAUGCCUAUUGGCAGAAGGAGGUGCGGCUGCAGCUCUACCACAUGGCCCUGGGAGUGAAGAAGGGGCUCACCUCAUUCCUCCUCCUUCUGUCAACCAGGAAUGGUGGGCCAGAGAGACCCAGGGAAAGUUCCUGUCACAUCAUCACUGUGUCCAACUCAGAGCUCGAUGGCUAA